AUGCCGAGCUCGCUGCCCGGCGCCGAAGUGCAGGAGUUGGCGCGCGAGGGCCGUGGCCAAGUGCAGAUAGCAGAGCCGCGCGCGAAGAGCGGCAGUGUGCAGGAGUUGCCAGUGCUCGAGGGCCGUGGCCGAGCGAAGAUAGCCAAGCGGCGCGGGAGCAAGCCGCGCAGGAGGAGCGGCGGAGUGCAGGAGUUGGCAAUGCUCGAGGGCCGUGGCCUGAGGAAGGCAGUCAAGCGGCGCGGAAGCAAGCCGCGCGGGAAGAGCGGCAAAGCGCAGGAGUUGGCAGUGCCCCAGGGCCGUGGCCUGAGGAAAGCAGUCAAGCGGCGCAGAAGCAAGCCGCGCGGAAAGAGCGACAAAGUGCGGGAGUUGCCAACGCUCGAGGGCCGUGGCCUCAGGAAGGCAGCCAAGCGGCGCAGAAGCAAGCCGCGCGGGAAGAGCGGCAAAGCGCAGGAGUUGGCAAUGCUCGAGGGCCGUGGCCAGAGGAAGGCGGCAGAGCCGCGCAGCGGCGAACAAGCCGAGUGGAAACUCCUGCGGUUUUGCAAGCAAGAAGCCGGCGAUGCCCCGGUCCUUUGCAACGAAGAGGUUGCGGAUUGCGACUUGCUGACUCCCGAGGAAGCCGAGAAGGCGUACGGCCUCUUUCUGCGACACUGGGAGAAGUACGGUCUCAGUCGUCUUUGCUGCAAGUGUCGCGUUCUCACUCCGGCCAUGCAUUGCUUUUUCGAUGAGAAAGGCGAGCUCCACUGCAGAUAUUGCAAGGACCGGCCGGAGAGCCGACCCUUGCAACUUCCGGGCCCCCAGCCGCCGGCCUUGAAGAGCUUGAAUUACGUAGAGCAGCGGCUCAUUGCCAUGGCCAGCACGUCCCAGUACAUCGUCAGUUUGCCUUCCGGAGGCGCUUCCGGACAGUGGGGUCGCAUGUACGUGGUCCCGCUAGACGAGCCACGCGUUUGCGACGUGCUGGACAACGUGGAGAUCACCGAGGGCGGGCAGAUUUAUGUGAGCGUGGCUGGCGCAAAGCUCCAAAGCCCGGCGAGCCCGUGCAAACUGCGCGCUGCACUGCUGCACUUGCGCGACAACCACAAGUUAUACAAGACCGCGGAUGUUUCUCGAGCAAUUCAAGCGCUGCAGGUCGCGCUGUCCCAGGGCGCCGAAGCAGAGGCCGGAGCCGAGCCCACAGGCGAGUUGCAAGAGGAACAGUUGGAGUUCGUAACCGCGUGCGCGCCUUCGGCCCCGCCGCCGAAGCGACCUGAGCUUCAGCGAUGCCGCGACUUGGCGCAGCUUCCCCAGUCUCGCCUGCUUGGCGCUGAGCCUCGUUUCGAACAAGACCCGUCCUACGUGCACUUCCUGCUGGAACAGUACUACAAAAGAAAAAUCUCUGCGAACGCAAAUGUCCGCAUCGGGAAGCUGCAGCAGCCGAGCGCGAGUUCCCGCCAAGCUCUGCUGCGAAGCGUCUACACCACCAUGCGGGACAUUCCCGGCACGCAGCCGUACUUGUUUGCGAAGCGAGGGGUCGCGGUCAGCAUGUACGAGCAACUCGGAGCUCCUCACUGGUUCAUGACGUUGACUUGCCACGCGCGCCAGGAGCCGAUCCUGGCCGCCUGCAUUUACGCGAAACUGCUUCGCGACAACGCCGCGCAGGAAAACGGCGGGCGCGGGAAGACGGCGAAAGAAAUCAGAACUGAGGUGGCUUCCGUCCUCUACAACUUCAUGUCCCACGAGAGUUACGCCUGGCAAGGCUUUUCUGCGAACCAGCUCUGCAACAGUCAGCCUGCGGUUGUAGCCCGACAGUUUUUCCACCAAGUGCGCCAGUUCCUAGCGUGGCUGGCCCCUGCCAAGAAGUUCGACGAAGAUCUUUGCCAGGAGUUCCCAGACCAAGACGAGCAAGACCGAGAAGAGCCAAAGGGCGAGGUUGCGGCAGAAGAGGCGCAAGACGCGGAAGCUCCAUUUAUGACUUCGGAGGCCAAAGCGCAAAAGACGCAGAAGACGCGGCCUCCUUUCCGCGUGAUCGACUACAUUGUCCGGGUGGAAUGGCAGAAGAGAGGAUACCCGCACGUGCACAUGCUGCUUUGGACCGACACGCCUCUUGCCGCGCAGGCGUCGCAGGCGCGGGAGUGCGAGGACCCGGACUUUUCAGACGAGAACUUUUGCGACGCCUUUGUUCCCGGGACCGUGGAGGACUUGUGCGACAAAUUCAUCAGCACCACAACGCCUCACCGCUGGAAGACUGUGCACAAGAACGAAGCCAUGGCCAAACUGGCGCAGGCCCAAAUUCACACCUGCUCCAAAUACUGCGGUUUGUUUGUAGAAGGGGCUUGCCGAUUUGGCUUUCCAAGGGACGUGCCGCAAGAGCGGACCCGCCUGCGGACUACCCGGGACCAGUGGAGAAGUCGUCACAAAAGCAGCCUGGAAGUGCGUCGCAGAGAAGACGCGGCUAGAAUGUGCCAGUACAACUCGCGAGUUUUGCUGAAGUGGCGCAGCAGCAUGGAUUUGCAGGCUGUCUGCAACCUUAACAUCGCGAACAAGUACAUUCUGGGGUACACUUUCAAAUCAGAAGAGGACCGCGUUGCCCACCUUCGCAUGCUCGAGAUGGUCGAGCACCUUGCCCAGCAGGAUACCCCUCAAGCCCGACUGACAUACAAGCUGGCGCACGCUGCUCUGCAAGGUAGAACCACUUCUACGUUCGAAGCUGCUCAUCUCUUGCUCAGCCUGCCGAUCGUCUUGUUCUCGAGGCACAACGUGUGGGUUCAAGUUGGCCCUCCAGAGACUUGGACCAUUUUCGUGCCGAGGAAGGACGAGCGGGAGGCGAUCAAGGACCCGAAUAAAUACGCUGCCAGCGCGCCGCAAGGUUCGGGCGCUUGGCCGGCGCUGCACCGCCGAUACUCGCAAGCGCAACUCCUCCACGCGGAAAAAGAGACGGAAGUUCCAAUCGAAGGCCAAACAAACCAGAAGGCGAAAAUUCCGUGGAAGAAGCUGUCUUUCUUCGACUUCUGCGCUGGGUUUCAGACGGGGGCCAAGACAGCCGAAGGUUUGCCGCCGGCGCCUCGCUCGUCGCCCGCGAUUGUCGGGCAUCGAUCCUUCAACCCGGAUCUCGAGGCAGAGGAGUUCUACUACUCCAAGCUGUUGCUGCACUUGCCGUGGAAAGAGCCCGGCGACUGGCUUACAGACAGCGACGGUGGCAGCCACGUGACUGCUUUUCGAAGGAUCGUUGCGGAUGUCGCGAACCGCCCGGACUUCUUGAAGUCGGUCUGCUUCCCCCAAAUGGAUGGCGCCGUGGAAGCUGCCAGACAGCUUUUCGCUGUUCAGUUGGAUUUAUACAUCAAGGCGAACAUGGCAUCCGCGGAAGAUGGCUGGGUGAGUGCUUGCGCGGAUGAGAGGAAAUACCAAGAUUCCCUCGCCGUCAUGCAGGCCCUGAAGGAUCGCCACGGAGGAGAGUUCGAGUUUGACGCCCCCGACGACAUUCCCAGCGGACUGGCUAGCGACAUGUUCGCGCCCGUAGACGGCGGGGAGGAAGCCUUCGCGAUGUUGACGGCGAAGAACCCGUCUCCAGACGUGCGGCGACAGCUGCAAGCAAUGAACUACGUCGUCUAUUCCGUGAUGCACGGAGAGAAAACGUUCGACUCCACCUCGUCCCACAGGCUUCGACUCAUUAUCCACGGAGCUGGCGGCUGCGGCAAGUCUGUGGUUCUGAGGGCGAGCGCGCACAAGCUUCGCGAGAGCGGGCGCGGAGUGGUCAUCGCUGCGCCCACGGGGGUCGCUGCGUUCAACAUCAACGGCGUCACUUUGCACACGUGCUGCAGCCUCCCUGUCCGCAACAACAGUUACGGCCGCGCAGUCGAUGUGCCUCCGCCCCGAGGGGCGCAGCUGGCCAACUUGAAGACCGUUUGGUCCAAGGCGCACGCCCUUUUUAUUGACGAGCUGAGCUUCAUGUCGGAAGACAUGACUCAAAGAAUAGACGCCAACUUGCGGCUUGCUCGAGAGAUGCCGCAUAUCCCCUUCGGCGGCAUUCACGUGGUUUUGUUUGGCGACCUCUACCAGCUCCCGCCCCCGGGCGGUUUGCCGAUCUUUGCGAGCCCGCUGUGGAACCUCUUUGAGCUUUGCGAAUUGCGGGGCAAUCAUCGCGCUGCCAAGGACCCGGAGUGGGCGGCCUUGCUGGCCCGGGUUCGAGUUGGCGAGUGGACGGAAGCCGACGUCGCGGCCAUUCGCGCCCGAGUUGUUCGCGAGCGCAACCAGGUCAGGCCGGCCCCCGCGGCCGUCAAGCUCUACGCCACGCGCGCUGCGGUCGCCGAGAGCAACGCGACUUAUUUGCAGCAGCGCGUGGCCGAGACCUCAGAGCUAGUUCACGAGCUGCCCGCCGCUGACCGCUACAUUCGCACCAACCUGCCGUCCUACCCCGACAACAGCUGGCCGCAAGCAGAAGACACAGGGGGGAUGGAGUUGAUGCUGCGGCUUGCCACAGGAGUGCGCGUGAUGCUCAAACAGAACCUCGACGUCCGAGAUGGGCUUGUCAACGGGGCUUGCGGCGUCGUGAAGCAGCUGGAGAUCGCGGGCGAGACAGUGCUCACCGCGUGGGUCGAUUUCGAGAAGGGCGCUGGCAAGCAAUGGAAAGAAGUAAAUGGCCGCGCGGAAGUGCGCAUCCAGCGAACGACUGCUAGGUUCGCCGGGAAGGACGGCAAGGAAGUCGAGCGCAAGCAGUUCCCGCUCGUUCUGGCGGGCGCGACCACUAUCCACAAGAGCCAGGCAGUGACGCAUCAUUGCGGCGUUCACGCUCGUCUUGACGCCAGCUGCAAGCAAGAGGGGCAGGCUUACGUCGCCAUGAGCCGCUGUCCGACCAAGGCCUUGUUCACUCUGGAGUAUUUCAGCCCCAAAAGCUUGCGCUUCAACGCGAGCGCGGAGUGGGCGCUUGCCACGUUGAGAUGCCAACAGGCAAUGCGGCGAGCAGCGCGACAAUUGGAGGAGCUGCGCUGUGCGUUGCUGGUGCCUCAGGAAAGCGCCGCGUCUCUCAAGCGCCGUCUGGAAAAAAUGGCCCAGCCAGAUUGGAAAGUUUACAGAGAGGCGAGGCUGGCUUCUGAAGGAGAAGUUCAGCCUGCGCGCCCCUGCGUGUGCCCACUGUGCGGGUUUCGUGCGACAGACGACGUCAGCCUCAAGCAACACAAAAAGAACUGCAAACGCGCUGCUCGACGAAAGGCGAAAGCGAAAGCCCAGGCCAAGACUUCGACGCCGCCGCCUCCAAGGCCGCAAUCCCCGGCCCAGAGAAAGAGAAAGCUCGAAGAGAGCCGCGCAGAUGCGCCUGUGCUGCACGCAAGUCCGAAUUCGCGUCAAAAGCGUCGAGCCUCCGCCUCUCCGUCCUCGCCGGGCCACGCGGCCGAGGCAGCGCGCUUGCCGCAAGUUUAUUUCGAAAGGCAGGAGCGCGCCCUCUGCGGGCUUCACGCCUUGAACAACGCUUUGGGGGCGAAACAUUUCUCUAGCAAAGACAUGGUCGGCGCGGCGGAGCUGUUCCUUGUGGAAAACGCAGAGCUUUCAGAUGUUCUUGCAGAUCACGUUGACCAGGAGAACGGCUGGUACUCCAUCGAAACAAUGUGCACCGCUCUGCGCGCGAAGUCCAUGCAGUUAUUUGGCAAAGCGACCUGGGAACUGUCGCUCGAGCCAGUGGUGUCCGCGAGCCAGUUGGUCAAGGCAACGGGCGCGGUUCAAAACAGGGAGAACCACUGGGUGGCGUACAAGGCAACUACGCGAGGCGAGUUGCUUCUCUUAGAUUCCCUACAGCCGGCGGCGCAACUCAUUGCAGAAGAAGAGUUUCUGACGCAGCUGGCUAGCUAUCCCGGCACUUACUUGAUCGUCAGCGUGUGA